AUGGACGUCACCAUACCCCAUCUCAAGACAAUGCCAUCCCAGUCUAUCCGUGCAUCUCGCAUAGACCAUAUGCCUGACGCCAAAGCGACCUACCUGGUGGUGAGCUUGACAGGUGUCGCCCGUCUCACCGUCUUCCAGGAUUCCGAUGGCCACGCAUCAGCUCUGUUGCACGUUCGAGCUCCUGGAUUUGAGGAUGCUCCUGUAUUCUGCGGCUUAAAAUAUUCACGACAAUUGCCCCCAGACGAACGACAGGGUUCAAAGGAAUGGCGUCCCAUUGACAGCAAUCGGGUGCUAGGGGGGCUGACGCCCCGAUCUAAGAUUCUCCAAGGUCCCCUCAGCAGCCCAUCCACGAACGAAAAAACAAGGGGGGUUCCCAAAAUAGUCAAAAUGCUCAAGUCGAUGAUGUACCUCUGCCCAACAGGUGCCCCGCCACCACCUGCAUCCAAGGGGGAAGAAACACGAGAUGAGAUGCGAUGCCAUCUGCUCCUAAAACAUUAA